AUGUCCUUGUUCAUGAGCCGCAAAGAUCUCUUGAGCCAACGAAGCCAAGUAAAUCUUACGGUGGUUCCUGGUGCGACAAGUAUUGAGAACUUGCUACAUUUCGUAUUGUCGUACCAAGCAGCAAGUCUCUUGACUGUCUGCUCAGAGAGCAACAAGAACAAAGACUUUGAAUAUCACGAACUGUAUUUGGGCCUCUUCACGGACUAUGUUCCGGAUGCUACGGAGCCCUUGUUGAAUAGAAAAGCUAGAGACCAGCGUGACUUUGCGAAGAGAGAGAGAUCCCCGUAA